CGGCCGGGGCACUGGGGCCAUGAGCGAGGCGGACGGGCUGCGGCAGCGCCGGCCCCUGCGGCCGCAGGUGGUCACGGACGAUGGGCCGGCCCCGGAGGCGAAGGAGGGCAGCUCCUUCAGUGGCAGAGUUUUCCGGGUGACCUUCUUGAUGUUGGCUGUCUCCCUUGCCAUUCCCCUGCUUGGAGCCAUGAUGCUGGUGGAUUCCCCUAUAGAUCCACAGCCUCUCAGCUUCAAAGAACCCCCUCUCUUGCUUGGUGUUCUGCAACCAAAUACGAAGUUACGACAGGCGGAAAGGCUCUUUGAAAAUCAACUUAUUGGCCCAGAGUCCAUAGCAAAUAUUGGGGAUGUGAUGUUUACUGGCACAGCAGAUGGCCGGGUCAUAAAACUUGAAAAUGGACAAGUGGAGACUGUCGUCCGGUUUGGUUCAGGUUCAUGCAAAACCCGAGAUGAUGAGCCUGCUUGUGGGAGACCCCUGGGUAUUCGGGCGGGGCCCAAUGGGACUCUUUUUGUGGUUGAUGCCUACAAGGGACUAUUUGAAGUAAAUCCCUGGACACGUGAAGUGAAACUGCUUCUAUCCUCUGAGACACCCAUUGAGGGGAGGAAAAUGUCCUUUGUGAAUGACCUUUCAGUAACUCAGGAUGGAAAGAAGAUUUAUUUUACAGAUUCUAGCAGCAAAUGGCAAAGAAGAGAUUAUCUGCUUCUGGUUAUGGAGGGAACGGAUGAUGGGCGCCUGCUAGAGUAUGACACUGAGACCAAGGAGGUGAAGGUCUUACUGGAUCAGUUGCGGUUCCCUAAUGGAGUACAGCUUUCUCCUGCAGAAGACUUUGUCCUGGUGGCUGAGACAACCAUGGCAAGGAUAAGAAGAUUCUACGUGUCUGGUCUAAUGAAGGGAGGGGCUGAUCUGUUUGUGGAGAAUCUACCUGGAUUUCCAGACAACAUCCGACCCAGCAGUUCUGGAGGGUAUUGGCUUGGUAUGUCGACCAUUCGUGCCAACCCUGGAUUUUCCAUGUUGGAUUUCUUAUCUGAGAGACCCUUUAUUAAAAGAAUGAUUUUUAAGCUGUUUAGUCAGGAGACGGUGAUGAAGUUUGUGCCCCGGUACAGCCUUGUCCUAGAGCUCAGCGACAGUGGGGCCUUCAGGAGAAGCCUGCACGAUCCCGACGGGCAGGUGGUCACCUACAUCAGCGAGGUGCAUGAACACGACGGGCACCUGUACCUGGGCUCCUUCCGGGCCCCUUUCCUCUGCAGACUCAGCCUCCAGUCUGUGUAGACACCGACAACUGCCGUGCCAGCUAUGUCACACAGGGCACUGCACUCAGGGCAAGAGGCACUGGACAUCACCCUCCUGCACCUGCUGACCCUGGAAAUAUAGCACAGCCCGCAGAUGUGUGCCCCUGCAGAACCCCCUCACCAGGCUUGACUUUGCAUUUAGUGGGAAGUAUAACAUCUGUCAUAAGAGUAAGUCCAUGGAAAGCCAUUUUCUCUUUAAAAAACCUUUCUUAGUAUAGUAGUUCUCUAGGACUUGGGAGACUUCGUGAACUUUGAAUGGGGCUCAGGUUUUGGUGGGCUGAGUGUUUUUGCUCCUGGCUCUCCUAUCAGCUUCAUGUCUUUACUGUAAAAUGGGAUAAUACCUUCUUUGGGGUAGGAGCAUGAAAAAGGCAAGGAGAGCUCAGUGCAAAGGUGCCUUGAGGCCAACAGAUGGAGCUGUGCAAGCUGAGAUGUCAGAAUUGCAUCAUCCUGAGCCAGGGAACGUGGCCCUUCCAUACGUCUCAUCCUCUAGCCUCCUUGGCUCGAUUUCCCUCCCUCAUCACCAGCGGUUUUCAAAACUCCUGAGGCCCUGUCAGCCAGGGACUCCAGUGCCCCUAAUAGCAUGUUGAUUCCAACAGCUCAGAGAGGACUCACUGGGUUUCUUUGUGAACAGUCAUGAAUUGAAUGAUGUGGUGACUUAGCCCAAGGGUUCAUGUAGGAAAGUCUUGUUUACGCACCCUGUUCCGUACCUCUAGACCUGCAGAUGUGCACGUGUUAUUGUCAUAUAUGCUUGAGUGUCACAAGCCUGAAGAUGCUGUAUAUCUUGACAAACAUGUCUACACUGGUCAUAAUUUUGUCAGGGAGAUCCUUGUAAUGAGAUUAAUUAAAUGGCCUUUUCUGCUGAUUAGUCAACUUUUGAUGCUGUUACCUAGGUAUUUUGUUUCUACUUUAAAUACGAUUUUUUUAACAGUGACAAAUUUAAUUUCAUCAAGUAUCUGAGGAUUGUUUCAGCUAGGAUUUUGUUUUAGGCAUGAGUGGCUCAUCAGAUUUGCUCAGACAUGGCAGUGUCUUCAAGGCAGCUGAGUGACCUCAGGCAUUGAUUCAUUCUUGGUCAAGUUGGUACUGCACUCCUCACCUGUUUUCCAAACUACAAUGUUGGGCUAUUCCUGGACGUUUGUGAAAAUACACAAGAGUCCUGUCUCUUGAAUGAGUUUUAAUAACUUGACAAAGACAAUAUUUUCAGUAUGUGAUACUAGAAUUAAAGCAGCACUGAGAGCUGUGAUAAAAUCUGAACCAUUUGUAUCUUGUCCCACAGGCUGGCCUUCACUCUUUGCUCUCUUUCCCAGCAGCUGCCCACCCCGGUGUGCCGGUCUGGCCUCAUACUAGGGAAAGGGUUGGAAUCUGAUGGUUGAUUAGUCUUGUGUCACCCUCCUUGGGGCUGGCUGUAUAUACAGCAAAUAGAGCCAAAGGUUGAGAAGUCUAGUUAAUGUGACCCAUAUUGUACCAGAUGAAUGACUUAAUAUUAUUUAUAACUUUAUAGGAAAGAAAAUUGAAUAGUGAUUAUUAGAUAUUUUUUUAAUAGUUUAUGGUGCAUCUUCUCAUAUAUCUAGUAUACAGGGAAAAGGUAAAACCUGAUCCUUCUGCCAUAAAAAAAUUUAAACAUACCAGUAUAUAUGUAAACACAUGUGUAAGUUGACUUCUUGAUUGAGAACAGAGGGCUUUGCCUUUAGCGCUUAAUUUUUGUAGACACAAAGGAACUGGUAAAUUGCUUUUCACAGUUUUCAGCUGAGGAGUCUUGAUUUUGACUCAGAUGUUGAUUUUCUAUCUUAAAGUGUCAUUUCCUGUGUUUAUCUGGCAAUUUGGUAUGGUAAAGUGCAAAAUACAGCCUUACUAGGUUUAAAUAAGUGAUAAUGCUUUUGUUGUAAACAUAAAAUGGAUUCGCUCUAAUGUGAAUUACUAAUUUGCUUUUAA